AUGCUCUGCAGAAAAGGCAGAAGGCUGAGGAGGAAGUACUCAUCAGAAGUCUGUGAUGGUGGUGUUGGUGUUGGUGAUGGUGGUGUUGGUGAUGGUAGUGGUAGUGAUGGUGUUGGUGGUGGUGUUGAUGUUGUUGGUGGUAGUGGGGGUGGUAUUGGUGAUGGUGGUGGUAGUGAUGGUGUUGCUGGUAGUGGUGGUGGUAUUGGUGAUGGUGUUGUUGGUGUUGGUGAUGGUGGUGGUGUUGGUAUUGGUGAUGGUGUUGAUGAUGGUGGUGGUGGCGGUAGUGAGGGUGUUGGUGUUGAAGGUGGUAUUGGUGAUGGUGUUGAUGGUGGUGGUGUUGGUGAUGGUGGUAGUGAGGGUGUUGGUGUUGAUGGUGUUGGUGGUGGUAUUGGUGAUGGUGUUGAUGGUGGUAGUGUUGGUGGUGUCGUUGAUGGUGGUGGUAGUAAUUGUGUUGGUGGUAUUGGUGAUGGUGGUGGUAGUGGUGGUGGUGGUAUUGGUGAAAGUGAUAGUAACAUAAUGUAA